GAUCCGUUUCCACUGUUCGAGAGAGAUUCAAUCGCGUUUGAUGCUGUGUUCACCGUAAAUACUGAACGCUACCGUGACAUGUGUCCUGACAUGUCACUGUUAAAAUGUGUAAGCCGAUGUAAAACACUGACCGAGAUUCAUAUUUGAGUUGUAUUUGAGGGCGUACGUCGUUCAUAAUGGAUCGAUGUGUCAACUACCGUUUGUGAUUCAAGAAAAUGUGUUGUGUAAUUGUUGAACGAUAUCUAAUCUUAUGUGGAUGUGAACAUACGUUAGAAACUGAAUACAUCCAGUGGGAAAAAAACAUACAAAUACUCCAACAAUGUUCAACAGAUAUGUUGAACUUUUUCAAAACGUUUCACAUCUUAUUCUUGAAUAUAUUAAUACACGUGUGUAUUUUUCUAAAUCGACUGACAAAAGUUCUGUCUUAAAAAUCGGGAUGCAGUUAACGUUUUUUAUUUGUAAAUGGAAUUAAUAUUGAUUAUAAAAUCAGGUAAUUGAAAGACUAUGCAUUUUUCCAUGCCUUUCAGUCAUGAUUAAUCGAAUUUGUGUGAGCCGAAGUGCCAUGCAGAAACUAAUUUGUCACAGCACUGAGGAUGAGAGUAUGGAUGCUUGUUUCCAUGGCGCCACUGACCCUGUUGUCAUGACAACCAGCAGCUUCAGACGAGCUGGAUUUAUUUCAGCUGUCGAGGCCGAUCUGGCUGAGGUGACUUUGUUUUCCCACCACAUGGGGGCGUCCACGUCAACACUCGACCUGAGGCUUCUUCAGGAGCUGCUCCUUUAGCGCCAUCCAGCCAUGAACUGCGGGGACCUGGUAUGUGGACGGCUCGCUGACGUGAGAACCUGCUGCUGGCCUUCUGAUUGAGCUCGAUCUUCAACAUGGCGUUCUGCAAUGCGAGCAUUCUGGACGGCUGUGAGUUCAUGGAGCUGGACGGCGUGGACCAACCGGUCAGCAGCCUUCCAUCGGACCCUGGCACCCCUCUCAUGUCUGUCGCUCUCCGUGUGACCCUGGCCGCCGUCAUGAGCUUCAUGAUCACCAUUGGCUUCCUGGGUAACGCCAUAGUGUGCCUGAUAGUUUACCAGAAACCGGCCAUGCGCUCAGCCAUCAACCUGCUGCUGGCCACCCUGGCCUUCACCGACAUCAUGCUCUCCUUGCUCUCCAUGCCCUUCACUGCCGUCACCGUUGCCAGUGGCGAGUGGAGUUUUGGGAGCAGCUUCUGCCGUGCGUCCAUCAUGCUUUACUGGCUGUUCGUCCUGGAGGGUGUGUCCAUCCUCCUCAUCAUCAGCGUGGACCGCUUCCUCAUCAUCGUGCAGCGGCAGGACAAGUUGACGCCUCACCGGGCCAAACUGCUGAUCGCUGGCUCGUGGAUGCUGAGUGUUUGUGUGUCGCUGCCCUCACUCGUCGGGUGGAGGACAAGCACGGGGGACGUCCAAGUGCAGCAGUGUGUGCUGGGCUACAGCGAGUCUCUAGCAGAUCGUGGCUACACGAUACUGCUUGCUGUGGUGGUUUUCUUUGUCCCCUUCUCGGUCAUGCUCUACUGCUACAUGUGUAUCCUCAACACCGUUCGGCGGAACACGCUUCGUAUCCACAGCCACACCAGCGAACACUCCUGCCUGCCUUCACGCAACCCAGCCAACAAAAUGCGGCUUAACGGCCUACAGCGCCCCCCUCAGAUCAAGGUGGACAUGAGCUUUAAAACGCGAGCCUUCACCACCAUCCUCAUCCUUUUUGUGGGCUUCUCGGUGUGCUGGCUGCCUCACACGGUGGUCAGCCUGCUGGCCGUUUUCAGCCGACGCUUCUACACCAGCUCCGUGUUCUACCCAGUCAGCAUCGGCGCGCUGUGGCUCAGCUACUUGAAGACGGUUUUUAACCCCGUCAUCUAUUGCUGGAGGAUCAGGAAGUUCAGAGAGGCCUGUCAGGAGUUCAUCCCCAAAAGCUGCAGACUUUGUCCCAGGGUGGCGGGACGAAGCCGAAGGAGAGUGAGACCCAGCAACAUCUAUGUUUGCAGUGAGAGCCAGUCCACAGUGUAGCUGUGGCCAUCAGACUUUAUGAAACCACCCUCUGCGCAUCGCUGGAUGGUUUGCACUUUCAGAUUUGUUUGGUCUUGGGUGGUACUGUGGUCCCCUUCUACGGAAAAAAUGAGGACCACUUGUAUUACUUUCUUUUGACAUUAGCAUCGCAAUUUUCACUCUCAUGAGAACUGAGGCCAUUCGGUUUUCAUCUGCUCAUUGUGUUAUAUCGCACAGUUCUGACUUUGGCCCACAGAGUGAUCUCUGUACUUGUCCGACCAUCUUCAAUGUUGUUGCUGAAAAGAAAAUUGAUGGCAAUUUCUGGUGUGCAAUUAAGAUAGUAAUAGCACUUGUGAAAAAAAUGCUGCUUUGGCCAAGUUCUUUGGUGUGUUACAAAAUGUUGGAAAUGUUGUACUGUGGCAGUGUAAGUAAUUGACUGCAAGAUGGAUUCUUUUAUUAUUUUUGUUAUCGAUUUCUUAUGUUAAACUUGGUAUGUCUCAAAUGAGAUUUCCAGCGUUUGUUCUUGGAGGUCCACACAACAGCUGGGAGUGCUGCAGUUCAAAAUAACAAAGGAUUCACUUUUCUAUCCAAUGAGGAAGUUUGAGGAUGGGCAUGUUAUUUUUUUUUUCAAACCUUUUGAGAGAAAAGUCAAAUAUAGUUUUUUUGGCAUAAUUUUUGGGAUCGUAUUUUCAACCCAGGUCUGGAAUUCCUUAGGUGGCGCCUGCUUGUGCGAGUUUUUGGUGUGCAACCAAAUGUUGAUCAUUAUCGUGCAAUAAAUCAUCUUUUAUUGUUAAUAGUUUGAAACGCAAAUAAGAUAAAAUAAAUGACUGAAGUAUGUUUAUGGUUAUCAUAAGUAACAGAAAAAAACAAUAUUGUUAUGAGACUGUUAAAGUGAUGUGAUUGUUUUUUUCUGCUUCACUCUUGUUGACAUACGCAGUAACUUUCAUUCUGCAGAAUAAGAACAUUCAACGAAUAAUAAACAGAAUAUAAUUAUUG